AUGUCACAGCCCGGGAAACAGUACAAGGCCAUUGGCGACGACGCGUGGAAGCGCGCAGAUAAGGUCAACGGCGAGCUGUUUGCCCUCACGUAUGGCGCGCUCGUCGUCCAGUUAAUCAAGGAUUACGAAGACUAUGGCGAGGUGAACAAGCAGCUGGAGAAGAUGGGGUACAACAUUGGCACCCGCCUCAUCGAGGAUCUGCUCGCACGCACUGGCCUGCAACGGUGCGCAAGCUUCGCCGAGACGGCCGAGGUCGUGUCCAAGGUCGCGUUCCGUGCGUUCCUGGGCAUCGCGCCCGGCGUGACCCAGGGAUCGGGCAACGAGUUCGUGCUCACCUUUGACGAGAACCCGCUAGCCGAGUUUGCAGAGUUGCCCCGUGAUGCGAGGGAGGGCGGGCUGUGGUUCUCCAACAUGUAUGCGGGUGUUGUUCGAGGGGCUUUGGAGAUGGUCCAGAUGCAGGUCGAGGCGCGGUUCCUCUCGGACCAGCUGCGCGGGGAUGACACAACCGAGCUGUAUGUCCGCCUGGUGCGGUUCCUCGAGGAGGAGCAGCCGGAGAACGACGAGUAG